AUGACGCAAUUAGGGAAGAGGCUCUUUUAUUUGUUCCGACACAAGUAUGAAGUCUAUCCUUCUCUCUUUGAAGAUCACAGCAUCCGAAGACUCCGGAAUAGACAUGAUUACAGAUUUUUGUUUGAAGGAUUUAUUCCGAAAACGUUAUUGUGUUGGAGCGUUGCCUUCUUGUUAGCAAUUUGGGAGCGACACAAGAUUGAGAAAAAGUGGGACACUACUCCUGGAGCUUUUCCCGAUAUUAAAUAUCCUGAACUUUAUCGCCCCUAUGUGAGAGACGAAACAAAACAUUUAUAUUUACCAACCGCUUUGAAUGAAGAAGAUUUGAUCGUUUCCCUUGAAAAAAAUCGAGAAAAAUUGAAAACUGUUGCCCAAGUGCAACAAGAGAAAACAACCAUGUUGGAAAAGUUUAAGAGGACCAGAGAAUUUGGUAAACAGCCGGAGGAGUAG